UAGACCUUAUCGUGAAUAAAUAUCACUAUUACUUUAUAAUAUUGGCGAUACUACUAGGUCUAAGCGCACUUGCGUAUCUCAUUCUUCUAACAAACCAAUGCCAUAGUAUAUUGUCAAUUUUCAAUUUUGUUUAUAGGUUAUGUUUAGGUAAACUAUUUAAUUAAAAUGUCAUCAGUUUCAGUAUUUUGUUGUUUAAGAGGAUGUUUAGACGGUUUUAAAUUUAAUUCAGCUAUCCCGCAUGUUCCUAGAGAAAAUCCUAUUCAGUUAGAUACAUCUUUUAUGGGAUACGAGGUUGUUAUAGUAAAAGGAGGACAGAGAGUUUGUGGGGCUGGCGCUGCUUUAGGUAAUGCACCUCUUGUACAGUCAAAAUCAUAUUUUGAAGUUAAAGUACAACAGAGUGGAUCGUGGUCUGUAGGACUAGCUACUAGACAAACAGAUUUGAGUCUAACUCAAGGUGGUAUGGACGAAUUUUCUUGGACAUUAAACCAUGAUCACAUAAUUCAUCACAAUAAACAGGAACUUUAUAAAAUUAAUAUUUCCAAUGGUACAGCAGGUGAAAUACAAUGUAUACAAGAAGGUGAUAUUAUUGGAGUUGCAUUUGAUCAUAUACAGCUCAAGUUUUUUGUUAAUGGUACUGAAAUUGACCAUUCAGUUUCUAAUAUUAAGGGAACUGUAUAUCCAGCAUUAUAUGUGGACGAUGGAGCAAUACUGGAUAUCAUAUUAGAUAAUUUUAAUUACGCACCUCCAUCGGGAUUUGACAAAAUUAUGCUAGAACAAUCAUUACUUUAAUAUUUCAUAUUUCUUAUAUAUACGAACUGAUUACUGAACAAAUAUUUAUUUCCAUUAAUUUAAGUAAAAUUAUUCUUAUAAUGUUAAUAACUUAUAAAGUAUUCAUGUAAACAAUUGUAUAAUAAUUUAAGAAUAUUUAAUAAUAUUUAAUAAUAUACUAUGUAAAUAACCCUUUAAAUGUGAUUGAUUUUAAAACGUGGAGGUCAUGUAUUAACACAGUUGCUCAAUAAAAAGUUCCAGCUGCACAAAAUAUUUUCAACCACAUUUUCUAAGAUCCUGAUUCUCUACUAGUUUCUUUUUAAAUGUAAUCAUUUUAAAAGUUAUUUCAAAUGGACAUCAUUUUCCGGACUCUUUUUAGUGGUCAUAACUGUCGGUGGUUUAAUAUAUUUUAGUCUCUCACUUACGAGACAUAUCCACAGAGUACAUAAUUUUUUAAAAUCAAAUGGGCAGUAUAUGAAGUUUACAUAUUUAAAAAAGUUCAUCAAAUACUAUUUUAUGACAUAGUAAUAGACUGUGAACCGAGAAAUGACCUUUCUAAUACCUUCGUCAAAAAAAAAACUCCCGCCGCCUCUCGUGAUCAUUGUCUCAUGGCACUGUGGAUCUCAUCGUUGGUAGAAAACCUUUCUCUGCCCAUAAACACCUUCAGAGAAGAAAAAAGAUGAAAAUCAGAAGAUGCCAGGUCAGGGCUGUGAGUAGGGUGGUUGAUGAAGUUCCAGGCAAGUGAAUCCAAGAGUUGAUUUGUGGCUUUGUCUGUGUGGGAAUAUGUAUUCUCAUGCAACAAGCAAACUCUUCGUUAAUAUUCAUGCAGAAGAGACCUGGAGAUUUGUGUAAACACUAUGUUCAUCUUGUCCAAACUAACGCCACAAAACAUUUCUUUGAUCCUGUUCACCAUCUGAUCAGUCAUGUUUGAGGGAUGACCACUUCUUUGUUCAUCAUGAACAUUUGUUCUGCCAGUUCUUUCACGACAUUUGUACACAGUACUAAUGAUGGGACAUCUGGAGUGAAAAAGUUGUAACUACUCGAUUAUUGAGAUCACUCGAGAUGUUCACUCCCACCACUCGAGUGAUUAUUACCCUGUGAAAGUGUUUAGGUUUUGAAGUGGGUGAGCUUUAUAUUUUUUAGCUCAAAUAAUAAAUGACUAAUGCAAACAUAUGUAUGCGCCGAUGGGAUGAGAAUGACCAAUAUCUCGUAUCUCGAGUGAUCACUCCAAACACCUUACUCUUACUUUAUGGAUAUGCCUCGUACUAGGCUACUUUUUAUAUUAGCUAGGUACUAUUCAGUGCAUUCUAAUAUAAAUAGUAAUUUAUGCAAUCUUGCUUCAAAAACAUGUACCUCUAUGUGGCUAGCCAUCAUGAUAAAAGAUAUAUUCUUAGAAAGACAUAUUUUUUAAUUGUAUUUUACUCUAUUUCUAAAUUAUGUUAACAUAUCGUUCUCAUAAUAAAUGUUGUUAGAAGAAAAUUUAUUUUUUGUGUAUUACAAGUAAUAAAAAUAAAUGAGAAGUUUGUAAAAACUAUAUAUAUUUCUUACAUGCUGUAUAUUACAUGACUAAUGAUUUACAAUUAUUAUCUUUUGUAUAGUCUAGCCUUUAUCCACAUAAAAUUAUUGAAUCUGGAAAACACUAUAAAUGUAUGAUAGAAAUGCAUAUUAAACAUGGAUAAAGAUAUAGCACAAAACUAAUUAACAUUCUAAAUAUUAACUUAAAUCAGUCUGUUACUUAAAAAGAAAUAUUUUGCUAUUUUAUUUGGUAAAGAAAAGCUAAUAAGAUUGUCUUUUAAAUAUUUGUUAAUUUUAACAGUAUCAAAUUAAGUAUUGACAACCCUGUUCCAAUGUAAUUUUUUUUUAAAUUGCACAUAUAAGUAAAGUGUAUAUUAAUAGCUGCUUAAGUCUUUGGUAUUAAUUAAAACAUACAAUUAAAACUAAAAAAAACUAAAUCUAACAAAAUUGGUUUCAUUACCCACUUUAUUUAUAACAAUAUGUAAUCUACAAUGGUAAGCGAUAUUUGUUAAAUCACAAAAAUUAUAGCAAAUUUAUUUUAAAGUAAUGAGUAACAGUUUAAUAACUGAAAAUAAAAUAUGAACUAUUUCUGAAAAUUCAAUUGUAGAUUACAUUUUUGUUGUUCAAGCUACAUUAAAAAUUAGAAAAUAAGGCAGUGAUUUAAAAGCAAUACAUUUUAUAUCACCUAUUAUGAGUAUAUAAUUUGUUUAUAUAAUUUAAAGAAACCACAAAAAGUGUACAAUACAAUAAAUACACAUAUAUUGAAAAAAUAUUGUUAAAAAUUAAUAACAACCAUUUAAAAUAUAUAACUUUUUAAUCUAGAAGGAAUAGGAAAGUACAUUUGUUCCUUGUAUCACAUCGUUUUAAAUAAAUUUCGUUAAUACCCCUGAUGAUAAAAAUUUUCAACCAUCUGUUGUAAUUAUAUUAAAAUUUACAUUUUAAAAUAUACAUAAGUACACAAAAGUCAAACACAGUUAUGAUCUUUGGGAAGAAGCAACAAAUGAAGAAAUUAUUGCAAUAUUUCUGUAACACAAGUCACCUGAAUUUGAUUCAGUAAAUGUAUCACAACUACACGUUAAUAGUUUUUUGAUAAUUCAAACCAAGAAACUAACACAGAAACAUUUACUAAGGAUAGAAUGCAGUUACAAAUAUAAAUAAGGAAAUAUAUCAAAAGCAAAAAUGAUUACUCCAUGGUUUUGCUGAUAUACUAUACAUACUGGAAUCAUUAUUAGCAAAAUAUUUAAUAAAACAGAAAUUUAACUGCUCAAAAUAACUUCAAAAUCUGAAUCAAAUUUACCAUGGCAACCAAUCAGAAUGUAUGUAUUAAAUUUAAAUUUAAUUACAUGCAUUAUGAUCGCCUGCGCUGCCAUGACUUCCCAUUUGACAUUCUAAUGGCCUAAAACUUAUUAAAAACUUGUCCCUAAUUUAACUAAUAAAAACAUUAAUUAGCACUUAACUGCAACUUGGUCAAAUCUUUGGACAAAUUUCAUUUUUAAACCUGAUGCAGGUAAAUACAACAAAAGAAUUUGACCUCAGAUUAAUAAUAGAUGAUUCUACAUGUUAAAUAUAAAUAAUAUACCACCCCACAAUUUUACCCUAUAGAGUUAUAGACCAAUUAAAAAAUUCAAUAAAACCAUUGGAAAACUUACUAUUAGCAUAAGGUCACGGCAAUAUAACUCCUACUAUUUUAAAAUAUUUAUUACGAGUUUUGCGGCAAUGAAAAAGUACAAACUUUGCAUUUUUACAUGUAAUGCUAUACAUAUUUAGUAUAUUGGCAGCUAUAUAACUCAAUUCGUAUUUAAUAUUCCUAAAGGUCAAUCAAGAACACAAAACUGUCCUGAUCAACUAUUCAAAUUUUUAGGUGCUUUUAGUUAUUUUUCGUUGAUGCUUCAUAGUCCAUAUAGAAUCUAUUCAAAAUAUCUUAUUAGAAAUCAUUGCCCUUAAUUAUUAGGUCUGUAUUUUCAGAUUAGAUUAUAGUACGAUCGUAUUCGAUGCAAAGUAAUAAAUCACUGCCUGCCAAGGGAAUCAGUGCAACACAUUUUA